AUGUCCAACGGCCAGAUUUCUGCUCUCAAGGUGAGCGAAAAUUCGAAAAAACUUUGAAAUAAUUUUCAAAAAAUUCCAGACAUUUCUUGAAUUAUCCCGAUCUUUGAUUGUGUUAUGUCUCGGAAUUGUUUUCCUUCUUGUAUUUUAUAUUGUUCGAGCUCCGCUGAUCAAAAAACGGAGGGAGCUCGAAAAUCAACUGAAAUUAUCUAUGAGGAAAUAUGAAACCGAGUAAGUUUUUUUCACGAGAAAAAACUUUUUCAACAAAAAUUCCAAUUUUUCAGGAAUCUUGAAUUGGAUCAAAUCAAUUUCUACGGACUUCUCGAAACUACAAAUAUAUUCAACAAUGAAAAAAAUGACUAA